UGGCUGCCCUCUUCUUGUUGUCAUGCUGCAUACGUCCACAGUAUUACAUGUGCAACACCCCGCUGAACGCUAGCACUAUGGUGUUUUCCUAAUGACCUCGGGACCGCGUCGCAAUCAUCCUAUGCUCUCAAAAUUGCACCACCCUAGAUUCACAACAUUGCGAUAACGAUGACUUCUCAAGGAAUUCAGUCGGCUUAUUCUUCGCGAGAUGUUUCGCCAGAAUCGCGUCCUGAACCCUACGACCCCUUCCGCACAGAAUCCGAUCCUAUCGAGCUCUCAUAUCUAUCACGGCUGUCGUCAGAUGGUAGGGAGCCACACAUCUCUCAUGCACAAUCCUGGGGUCAGUCUCAGGAUGGGGGUACAAAGAGUGGGUUGCGGGCGGGAGCCUACUUGGGCUUGCCGCAUGGUGACAGCCGGUACGAGCCAGUGCCCGGAGAACACGACAUCUCGGGCCAUUCCAUACGCUCAGCGAGAGAGUCAACGCAUACUCUGAACUCGCUCUACCAUAGAAAGACCAUAGAUGCGGACACCCAAGCGCUCGUCGACAGGAGAUCUGGCGAGUUGGUCCAAUGGCACAUAUAUUGGACAACACCAGCUCUUAUAGUGGCACUGUUCAUAGCAGGAUUUGCGGCAGCAGUGGGUCACCACUUGUUUUACAUGCAUCUCAAUGGGCAGCCGGCUACCGAUCAAUUGAAGAUGGUACGAUACGGUACAGCCUUGGCCUUCUUUGUGAAAAGCACACUGGUCGGGACCGUUAUCAUGUGCAACCGUCAACGAAUAUGGUAUACCUUUCGACGGAAGGCGAUGACGAUCAAUGGAAUUGAUGGUCUUUUCUCUGCAACGGAAGAUCCGACGCAGUUCUUCCUCAACUGGGAAAUGAUCAGAAAUGGCAAGCUUGCUACACUCAUGGCAGCAUGUACUUGGUUACUACCACUUGCAUCCGUCUUGUCUCCAGCCUCGCUAACUUCCGAGUUAAGAACGUUUAACAAUACGGCCACUUGCUCUGUAGCUACCCUAGAUUUCACCCAAGAAUCUACGUACGACUUUCGAGACAUGAGUAAAUUCCGGCAAAGGAGCUUAAACUUCUACAACACGACUGAACCAGCCGAUGAGGAACGGAGAGAUGGAACAAAAUACUCCGAGACAACAGAAAGCUUCUUCGACUAUUACGAUCAGCCGUCGACGAAUGCGCGCCGCUUGGCCUUCAGUAGUGUGUACAUGCAGAAGCCACAGCCUCGCGAAAAUGCCUCUACCGUAUUUUGCGGAUCGGGCUGGAAUUGUACAUACACAAUUAGCUUCGUGGGACCAGGCUACCAAUGCGAUGAUGUCGACGAGGCUAAUAGAUUGGACGCGCCGUUCACAUUGGCUGAAUUAGCGCCAAAUGGAAGCCUCGUGUAUGCUGCCGAGGUUGAUCAAGGUGAUUACAGUUACCAAGAUCCAGCGAAUGGUACAGAGUCUUUAGGCGUGUUCAAGAACGAACCAAACCUCUGGAUUGGUUACGCCAUCAAUACGUCCAAAUUGUACUCGUACGAUGAGGAUUCAGACUACAAAGCCAAAUGGGGAAACGUGCAUGAGCCCAAGAUAUUCAAAUGCGUCAUGCAGUACACCAAAUAUACUUUCAAUAUGAGCUACAAUCCUAGACAGUCCGCAACCCGCUGGAAACGAGAGUUCCUGCGUCCUGUUGUCGGGGAGCAUCCCAUCGAACCACAGAAAAAUGUUGAACAAUACAAACUAACGGCUUCCUUCCAUACUCUGGGCUUACUCCUACGACGCUUCCUGCGUGGCAAAAUCGUAAAGCAAAAAAUCCUCAUUACCUACUCAGAUCUGUCUGAGACACGAUUGGUCAACAGCAGCACCUCGUACCCGUUGGUGGAUCUGAAGACAGAGAUACAGGAUCUUUUCGAAGACAUACUCGUUACUCUUCUCAACGACCCGAAUCUAGUCGUGGCCAAGACUCAGGAAGUGCCUUGCACGAAGUCACGAACCAUGAUGGUAUACGUGUAUUACAAACACUCCCUCUGGGUGGGAUAUGCGAUCGCCAUCGCAAUUACUUUCGCCUUCAUCCUGGUCGGUGCAUGGUCGCUCCACAUGAACGGGGUAGCAUCUGAUGUGCUCUUCUCUCGCAUCAUGGCUACCACGCGUAAUCCUACGCUGGAUCACUUGAGCGUUGGGGCGUGUUUGGGUGGGGAUCCUUUUCCCAAGGAGCUGGCAAAGACGAAGUUACGCUUUGGUGUCCUCCUUGAAGAUGAUCCUAAAGAGGGACCUUUGGGCAAAGUGGAGCAUUGUUGCUUUGGCACUAUGGGCGAGACGAAGGAAAUUAUCAAAGGCGGCACGUAUGCGGGACUCAGGCAGCAUAGGAUCGAUGCCCGAUUGAUAUAGAAGCGUGACACCGGGUGUUGUGUACCUCCUGAAUACCGCGAAAUAAUGCCUAUUAUGCCUCAGUCACCAUUGCAUAGCUCCAGGCUACCAAUGAGACUGUGCCUGACAUUGCUGAACGAUCAUCCCAUACCACACGGCUAGG